CUGGCCGGACCCCCGCACACAAUCAGCGAACUGUUUUCAGUUGUGUCACGGGCUGGUUUCACUAAAAGGUAUCCCACAGCGCUCCCGCGGCUGGAUUUCUUCCCGGUAUGAUCAGAGCCAAGAGGAGAAAGGGAAGGUCCUCCCACCAGCACCCCGCGAGAAGACCACCUCUUCCAACAAUGCUUCGCGGGCCGCCCCCGACGCGACUUCCGGGAUGGGACUUUUUCUGUAGCGGCGCAUCUCUAUGGUCGCGCCGCGCACGCGCGGGAGGCGGUGGCGCCGUAGCAACCGGAGUGUUAACGGUAGCAACAGCAAUGGCAAAAGCAACAACUAUCAAAGAAGCUCUAGCCAAAUGGGAAGAAAAAAAUGGCCAGAAGGCUUCAGAGGCAAAGGAGGUGAAACUGUAUGGUCAGAUUCCUCCUGUACAGAGGAUGGAUGAAUCUCUCUCCACACUUGUUAACUGCGAGAAACUAUCGCUGUCUACAAACUGCAUUGAAAGAAUCGCCAACUUGAGCAGCUUAAAAAAACUGAGGAUUCUGUCUUUGGGAAGAAAUAAUAUAAAGAACUUGAAUGGAUUGGAAGCAGUUGCAGAUACUUUAGAGGAACUGUGGAUCUCAUACAACUUCAUUGAGAAACUGAUGGGUAUCCGUGUAAUGAAGAAGUUGAAGGUUCUUUAUAUGUCAAAUAAUUUGGUGAAAGACUGGGCAGAGUUUGAGAGACUGGCAGAGCUGCCAUUACUAGAGGAUCUGGUGUUUGUAGGGAAUCCGCUACAAGAGAAAUACGCCUCUGAUCAGAAGAACAGUUGGAUUGAAGAAGCGACCAAGCGGGUACCCACGCUGAAAAAGCUGGAUGUUGGACAAUAUUGAGAAACCAAGUCCCGCCUCGCCAGCAGUUCACAAAUGUAUAAAUCUGGCACUUAGUGUGCUCCAUUUGGAGGACAAGAAGGCAAGAAUGAGGACUUCAACUGCCAGAAUGAUCAACAGGAUCUGAUCUCUCUCCUCCCCAAGCAGGUACACCUUCUUGGUAAGAGUUCCCGGGGAAAAUCACACAAGCACCCAAUGUCUAUCUUGAGCUUGUAUUUUUGUAGACAGUGAAUUUAUCACCAGCAAUCUCAAGCUUGUUAAUACCUGUCCCUUCAAUAAAUGAGUUAUUGGUUCAACUUUGUGAACUUGCUCAGUGAAAGUCCUUUAACAGGCUCUGGCAGACAAACGUUGAUGCAAUCAACCUCACAGAACUGCUCAGUGGCAGUCCUUUACAGACUCUGACAGGUCUGGUUGGUCCCAUCAACUUUGUGAAGCUGUUCAGUGAAAGUCUCUUUUUGGACUCUUGACAAGCAAGUUGACCACAGUAAAUCUUCAGGCCGUAAACUGCUGAUUGAUCAAGUCUGGGACUAAGACUGGACCUACCCACACCCGAACCCCUUGAGGACAGAAAGCAAGGGGGUCUUUCUGAACCUUGUGACUCAAGAGGAAGCCUUCCUUUUCCUUAGCCACAUGACAGACUCUUCACCCUUUUAACACAGCAACACUCCAUUAAGUAAUGGUUUUGAAAUGCAGCCACCCGACUACUGGGUGUAUGAACACCUGAAGCCUCAUCUUGCACUGUAAAAGGCAAAUCCACUAGUACCCACUUAAACAAUUGCAGCUGAUAAACCUUCUAUCUUCCCAUAGAAAAGACAGCUGUAGCAAAGAGAUGUCUUGUUCAAACUCAACUUAAUGACUGAGCAUAUACUGCCUGUUUUCUAAAUUAACAACAAGCCCUUAUACUAAAUGGGGAUCAGUGAACAGGCCUUUAAAUGAUGGAAAAAGAAUGAACGUAGGGUUUUGAAAUGGACAGAUCAGCACAACAGACAAUUUCUAAAAAAAAUAAUCAUAAUUGGAACAAAUUAACACUGUGCUGCAUUAAAAAGCCAUUCGAGUAUUUUUUUCCCCUACUAAUAAUGGUAACAGGAUUCAUUCCAGAUUAGACAAAAUCAGUUCAAGCACUUCGUCCGCAGCAACUGGGGGUUGGCUGGUUUGGGUUUUUAAAACAAUUCUCUGCCAACUUCUGCUAGCAGGCAGGAUCCGACUCAGAUGCAGGAUCAAUUCCUAACUGCUAAGCAAGUGAGCAGCUGGUUUAGUUUUGCUUGUUUGUUUUUUGAACAGGACACUCAGAGAAGCAUGUUUACUUAUUAUGAUGACAGAAAAGAGGUUUUCUGGUGGCUACGAGCAACACAGUAAACAUGCUCAGAAACAUUUCCAUUUGACGCCACUUAACUGAAACAUUUACGCGAUUUGGUUCAGCCAUGCUAACCUACAGCUGCUGGAGAUUAUCCUCAGAUUUUCUUCCAGUAACAGACCUCACUGUAUCAAAUCUUCCUGUUCUCUUCUACUGCAGCAGAACGCUGGAGAGAAACAACCAGUACUAGAUUCAGUGUGUAAUACAAACACUGGUUUUGUGCAAUCUCCAGUUUGUUCUCAUCAGCACCUCAAUGGCUUAACCUUGAUAAGAGGAAAACUUACUCGUAUAUCCAUUUCCUAAAAUGUGGAGAAUAGUGAAAGAUCUGUUCAUUGGAAGACUAUAAUCUUGCAUUCCAGCAUGAUCAUAGCUGAAAGAUUGAUUUGUACUUAAAGCAAUCCCAUUAUUUGCUCCCUAAAUCUUUGUACUUCAUUUCAUCUGAUCAGUUACCACCACAGUUUGCCAUAUUUAAAACUACUUCAAGCUUGAAAAUUCCUGAGGGCUAGGACUAAAGGUUUGCUCAUUAUUACCCAAGCAUACUUCCAGACACUAAAAAAUACCAAAGCACAUGCAGGCGAGGAUCUACAGAGCAGAAGAGUAAAAGGCAGAGGAAAUCCUGACUUUCUGCCCAUAAGAACAGUACAUUUCAGCACAAACAUCUCCGCAGGUUUUCCUUACUGGAGAGUACACGGAAGUUCUUCCAUUUUAGUAUCCUGUUUUCUAGCCAGAACUAUACCCACUAGUCCAUACUGUCCCUCGCUUUUUUGUAAGUAUCUGCUCCUGAUCGCUGUUGGAAACAAGACCUGGAGCCAGACAGGGCUUUAGUAUGUCCCAAUAUGAAAAGUCUGGUUUUUUUCCUAAGGGAUUACAAACUGGUUGAUUUUACACUGAAAACAGAGAAAACAUUUUCCUAGGACAGUUUGAUGAACCUUAUUUGAGUUCUCAAAUUUAAUCAGAUCGUCCUCUCCAAUCUCAAAAAAUUCUCUUAGUUUUUACCAUGUUUCUCGAUGUAUGCCAGGUCCAUGUCAGUCUCCACUUCUUUGUCUUGUUUCUAGGCCCUCUCAGACUCUGUUCAAAGUAACUGUACACUGUUCUAGUGCUGCAACACUGGUAUUCCAGGCAAAUACUUCCAAUUACAACAGUAUAACUAUACCUGUAUUACUUUUAACAAUCCCUCCUUGUUUCUGAACUGUUGCUCUGAACUGCAAACUACUGGCAACUUCCCAGAACUUCUGAGCUUUAAUUGCAUCAUUGCUUUUUACUGGAAUUAAUCUUAGUACUACAUGUGGACAAUGAGGUUCAGCUGCUUCACCUACUGUCUGCCCUGGCACAGUGUGGUAAAGCUUCUGUUCCGAGGGCCCUAGUAUUGUGGUAGACAAGCAUUUUCUCCAAUUUACCAAAGCUAAAAAAUAACAACCAACAUUGAAACUCUUAAUUGGAAAACUGAUCUGCUUAAGCUUCUUCUUAAAGAUUAGUAACUUUAAGUUCUUUGCAGUUUUUGAAGGAUUUUAACAGUUCAUGAUAUGCCAUCUGCUUCCACAGCCUAGUCAGUCAACAAGACCCAUGCACGUAGGGACAUGGAACAGUCUUCCAAAUGCUGAAAGGAAACCUUACUUUGGCAAGAAUGAAAGCUACAACCUUGGCAGAAAAUUGAACACUUAAAAGCAAAAGUGUCGACACUGAAAAAAGUGCAGUCCUUAAUGACGAUACUCCUACUCAUUUUGUAAGAGUGGUAAGUGUCCCUGCUAUUAAGAAAAAGGAUUCUAUCCAAAGGCAUGUAUAUGUCAAAGCAAACAUGGUACACAGCCUCCCAGACAUAAAGUGAAGCAAUCAUGGUUGCAUGAAACCACAGGGCAGGAAAAAAUUGCCAGAUGUCACGCUGGAGUUAGAGCCACCUUCCACAGUGAACCUGGAAUUUCUCUAGCAGCUUGCAGGGUCAAGAUUUAGAAGAACAAAACCAAAACAAACGUAAAAAAACAUAACAAAAAAACCAGGACAGUCAGGAACACUCCUAGGAUCCCUGAUAGGGAAUGUAGGAGCAAUCAGCUCCUUUGGUAUCACACCACUGGAGCAGCACACACGUGACCUGACACAGUACCCGGAACACAGGAAGCUGGGAGAUCAGCGCUGCUUCCGAGCACUGGAGGGACCUGGGAAUCUGGGUACACCCGACUGGCUGUGAAGCACAAGGAAGUGAUCCAACUCGUUACAUCUUUACAAAAUAAUGAUAAAUAUGGGCUAUGAAGAUGUACAGAACAAUCCUGUGCAAAUCUAACAUCUUUGUCACCUGGACCACUUCACUACUUCUUAACUCUCUCACCAGCAGGCUUUUGGUGACUAGACUUUUUGGGCUAUUAGCAUGUGUCAGUUCGGGAGGAAGAGUGAGCCUUUCAGCAAAGGGCAAGGCUCGCAACACGACAACGCAGCAGGCAAAGCUAUCCAGCCACUGGUGUGGAAAUAAAUGACAAACUUCUCCUGCACUUACACACUGUCUGACAGGAUGUAUUUGGGAAACUAGGGCCUGACCAUACAAGCUAUUAAUUAUGGCGAUUUCAAGGAACAAAUGAGGGCUGCCACACGAAAGAAAUAGAUGUGUUGAGAGGUAAGAGGGAUCCUUUCACAGAGGGAUCGCUGCUGGAGAGACCAUUUCUCCCAUCUCUGAGGUGCACACAAUCCAGCGCACAAGUAGGUCUUGGUUCAUUUGCAUAACAAACUUGCUCCCAUUUAUGCAAAGUCAAAACCAGCAGUUUCAUUUCAAAUUGCACUUGUGAAGUCCAGAUUACUUUCCAUUAAAUUAAUCAAAGGCAGAUCAUUUUGUUUUCCAAGAUGAGAAAACCCGCAAGGCCCAUGGCUACUCUAAUCCCACAGGAUAUUUUUAUAUCCAUUGCUGCAUUCUUAAUAGCAAAGAGAAACCACCUCGGGCUUCCUCUUGAAAAAACUUCCUCUCCAAAGGAAGAAGAAAGUCUUGCUCAUCCCACUUCUCAUUUCUGUGAAGCAGAGGCCAAAACUGCAUACCAUCUUUCCACAAAACUUGUUGGCUGCCUGAAUAAAUGUUCAGAAAGGCAGGAAAGCAUAACAGGGAGGAGAACUUGUUGAGAAGGCAAACAUCUAGAAAUCACCAGUGUCACAGUAACUGGAUACACUUUAGCUCAGAGCAGAGCGUCAUGAUAGUCCAGCUCCAGUCUGGAAACCUUUAUAUCCAGGAGUCCUGUUAUCACAAUUCCUGAACAAGCACAAAAAUAAAGGUCUGACUGACCUGAGAGAGAACUUACUUCCACUGCAGGUGACAUUGUUCUAUUAGGUACCUCAGGUAUUAUAAAUAGAAUAGAAAUCUUAUUUGCUUAAUAAAAAAAUCCAUAUUGAAACAAAUCUUUCCAUCCAUCAUUCCAGCUUGGUCAGCACUGGCAAGGUAAAGUGGAACACGUAGCACGAGGAAAUGGCAGCACUGAAACUAAGACCCGAUGGUUCAGGUCAGAAAAGCACAAGCAAAGGAAGUGAGACCACCAAGAGGGAGGUUGGGUCCAGCCUUA